AUGUCAAUAGAUCUCGCACUGAAUAAUCCACAAGCCGAUUAUACAUUGGAUGAUUCGUUUUGGAGUGAAGAUAGUGCUUUUGGGGAGGUGGAGAGGCUGCUUCGGGAGUACCGUCAAAACCAAGACCUGGUUCGAAAUAUUGGAUCGCACUACUAUCAGAUAAUCUACCCCGUGCAGCUCCGACACCACGAAAAGAUGGGAAUUUCAACUAGAGAAAUUGCGCCGAAGGGUCGAGGUUCUGAUUACCAGCAAGGCUCCCGGCUGCGAUCAAGGACGGGCAAGCACUUUCAUCGUACAUCACUUCUCAUCAAAGCCUUCAAUCAUAAGUUUCGUCUUGACCUCGAACUAAAUACGCAACUGCUAGCGCCGAACCUGAAGCAAACCCAAUAUUUAGCUAAUGGCGCCGAGAGCGAAGUGAGAACGGAAAUCGAGCAUUGCUACUACCACGGCACAGUCAAGGAUUACCCAGGCGCGUCUGCCGCCUUCCACACUUGCAAUGGCGUGUCUGGCAUCAUCCACAUUGGCAAUGAGACUUUCGUCAUCCAUCCUUUCUACGGCGGCGAUUUAUCGCAGAAACACCCUCAUGUGAUAUUUGAAGCGCGGACCAAGAUGAACCAGGGAUGCGGGAACAGACUAGAGCAGAGGACGAAGAUCAGGCGUACAAAACACAUCGAUUACGUGCAACUGGCUGAUGAUCCGGGUUACAAGGGAGAAUCAGUGGAAUGGUGGCAGACGAAUCUCAGAUCGCUCAAGAGACUGAGGCGAGACGUAAGAGAGACCACGAAGUACAUCGAGACCGCGCUCGUGAUAGACAAGGCGAUGUUCGACAGGAGGAACGGCAGCACCAGGUCUGAAGUAGUCCACGACGCGAUACAAGUCGCCAACAUUGCUGAUUUGUAUUUUCGAACCCUCAACACGCGAGUCUCCCUGGUCUACAUCGAGUCCUGGCAGAGCGCGGACCAGGCCGACAUCGACAAAAAGCAGGACAUCACCAGAGCCAUCCAGAAAUUCAGCGACUACAGCGCCAGGAAACUUUUCAAGAUCGAGAAGGACACCACACAGCUUCUUUCCGGUCUGACAUUCCCUGGUGGGGAGUCCGGGAUCUCAGUGCCUGAUACGAUGUGCACACCGAAGUCCGUUGGCAUCUCCGUUGACACAAACACCUACGAACCGCACCUCCUGGCCGGCACUAUGGCGCACAUGAUCGGGCACAAUAUUGGUAUGGGCCACGACGAUGGAAGGGAGAGCUGUUGCAAGGACUGGCACGGAUGCAUCAUGGCACAGUCCAUCGUCGGCUUAGAGAGCGUCCAACCGUACAAAUUCUCCGACUGCUCGAAGAAUGAUUACAUAAACGAACUGCGUAUAGGACAGGGACUCUGUUUGCUGAAUAAACCUAACGAGUUGGUGGUGCAUCGUCAAUGUGGUAAUGGACGUCUGGAUGAGGGUGAAGAGUGCGACUGUGGGACGAUAUCUGAGUGCCAGCACCUGAACCCAUGCUGUGACCCCUUCACCUGCAGACUAACGAAAGAAGCGCAAUGUGCUGAGGGAGAGUGCUGUGAACGAUGUCAGCUAAAGCCUCGAGGUAUCGUUUGUCGAGAAUCUACGAAUGAGUGUGAUCUAGAGGAAACGUGCACUGGCCUGUCCGGUUCCUGUCCCAUUGACGCUUAUCGGAAAAACGGUGAACCUUGCGAGUCAAGCAAAGGGUAUUGCUUUGCUGGACAAUGCCCCACGCUAUCCAACCAGUGUGAGAAAAUCUGGGGCACUGGUUCCAACGGAGCGGAUAAGGAAUGCUUUGAACAAUUCAAUUCUAAGGGCUCGGUGACAGGGCACUGUGGGAAGGACAAUAAUGGAAAUUUUAUGAAGUGUGAUACAGAGAACGUGAAAUGCGGAUCGCUCCAGUGUCAGUCCGGUAACAGAUACCCAGUGGUUCCAGGAAUGGAUGAGUACUACACGAGAACUAUAAUUACUAUCAAAGGCAACGAAUACGACUGCAAAGCGACAACAGGUUUACCAGAACACUCAGAAAUCGGGCUCCUGGGUCUGGUGCGGGACGGGACCCCGUGUGGAGACAACCUGAUCUGCGUCAACCAAACGUGCACCUCCAUCUUUCCCUACAUCGACCACACCAGGUGCCCAACCGACCACAACAAUAACGAAUGCUCUUCUAGAGGGACAUGUUCGAACUUGAACAAGUGUGUGUGCAAUCGAGGAUGGACUGGACCAGACUGCUCCCAGCCGGACGCGCUGCCACCGUCGCCGACCCCCUACGUUCCGGACAAUGCAACCAAGGCGGCCUACAAUAUGACCAAGAAGGAAACACCGUAUGAGAACUACCACGGCUCGAACACGGUAUUCCUCGUGGCGGUGCUCAUGUCUGUGGUAGGGGGGGUAUUCAUAGUAUUUGCCCUGAGCGCUCUCUGCUACAGGUCAGUCGUAGUACACAAAAACUUCUCCCUGUGCCUAAGGAAAAAGAGUACCCUACCGAAAUACGACCCUCCGUACGUCAAGAAACCGAUCGCCAAAAGCUUCGCAGCAGGCUCGACAACAUCUAACAAUUCCCAAGAGGACAUAUCUAUCGAUGGAGGCAAGAUGCAUGCCUUCAAUAACACGUUUAGCCGCGGAGACUCCCAGCGCGUGAUCUUCAGACACGGGAAUCACAUGUCGGGAGCUGGCAACACUAGCAGAUAUCCAGAUCAUAAGCAAAUGAAACGUGUACAUUCCGGUAGUGAGGAUGAACCGACGCAUUCAGGUGAAGAAGACAUAGCUUUCAUUGACGUAGCUCCUAACUCGAUGGCGAAACUGCCAGAGAAGGGUAUUCUCAAGAAGCACGGAUAUGGCGCAGUGGAUGGCAAGGAUAAGUGGGCUGAGGAUUCUCAGUCUGAACAAUUGGAGGCGGGAUCACAAUCCGAUGGGCAGGAGCCAUCAGGGGCAGUUGCGGAUAUGGAAUACAAGUUUAAGGAUCUGAAUGGCUACCAUGAAAACAUAAUUGUCGCAUUGAAGACAGCCGCUGCCCAGCGAGCGAGUGCCGGAGCUGCCGUAGGUUCUGGAGACCUUCGAGCUCUGCAAGAAUACGAAUACAAACGAGAAAGGGCACCCAGCGCUGAGAAAAUCCAUGAAGCUGAACUGAGAAGGCAACGAGGUGAAGAUGAGGAAGACGAGGCACCUCCCUGCGGUCCGAUAAGAAUCAGGAACUUGGAAGAUCUAAUCAGGCAGCUCGAACACCACUCCAGUAGACACAUGAGUCCAUCUGGUUCGGAAGAUAUAAGAAUGUCGGAAACGGAAGCCGAUAGGCAUUAUCGAAUUGAAGGAGAAGUAGUGCCAUCUCGUUGCCGUGGUCGCGUCGGUCCCGGCGAGGAGGAGUCCCGCUUUGGCUACCCGCGGUUCCGUGGUAGCGCGCGCCACCACCCUGCCAUGUUCGCAGCCCCCACAGCCGUGUCGCCCCGUGUCCCGCCGGACGACGACGCGCUGUACGAGACCGCGGACGCGGAGAGACUGCGCGACGCCCCGGACAGCGAGAGUGAUGAAUUUAUUCAAGCUCAACAGCAGUUAGCCCGGUGGGCGAGUGAAGAGGCGGUGCCGGUGGAGCGCGACUACUUCCCCUCGCCGACCUCCCCGCCCUCGCCGCGCUCCCCGCGCUCGCCCGCCAGCUCCGGCAGCGAGCGCCCGGCCGCCUUCCCCGAGUACACGCACUGA